AUGCCGCCCAAUGGCCCCCCGCCCACGUUCGCCUCACUCGUCGCUGCGUUUUCCUCUUUUCUCACCGUCGCCGUUCACACCAUCCUGCACCACCGCUCGCUCUACCCGCGCACCUCUUUCCUGACCGCCCGCGCCUAUAAUUACCCUGUCCACCAAAAUCGCCACCCGCAGGUCUGCACCUGGGUUAGCGAUGCCAUCGCCGCUGUCGAAGCCGAGUUGUUCAAGGGUACUGUGGCACGCGUUGCCCUUGUCAUCUAUUCCGCAAGUUGCAAGCCUCUCGAGCGCUUCAUGUGGGACGUGAGCCGCUUCCCCAUCGUGCCGCGAGCGGACUUUGAAACACCAUUUGCGAGCAGCGCGGCCGAAGAGGACGUGAUUCAAGACAAGGCCGACUUGCCUGCAGACUUGGAGGAGCAAUUCCGCGGUGCGCUAGCGAAACUCGCAGCUUGUGAAUCUAAGCUCAAGCCGCUGCCACCGGGCUGCACCUUUACUAUCGCCGUUGAGCUGAGGGAGACAGCUGACCCGCCUGUUGGACACCCGCAGCCGUGGAUUCCGGUAGAACCCAAUUUACAAGCUACAAAGUCAGGAGGGCGCGCCGCAGCGAGCUCUGACAACAAUGGGCGCCGGAGAGGUGAAGAUCUGGGCGGCGUCAAGACCAUGCCCGUCAGGGCAGUCGAUGCGGGCGAAAUGGUCUUCGAAAUGUGGAUUGAGGAGGGCAAGGCAAAGAUGGAGAUAGACGAGGAGAACACGAGUUCCGCGGAGGCUGCAUGAAAUGUGCUGCACUAAACUCAUUUUCGAACACGGCCCACCUGAGUGAGAGAUGCAGCGAAUCUCUCAACCUCAAAGGAGCCCUUCAAAAAGCAUACAGGUGUGAGUAAUCUACAGCCCCUGACAAAGUGAGACGAAUUACUUGGAGCACAAACAAUGGCUGCCUGCAUCGCUUUCACCUCCAGCAAUUGCUUUCCCGAAGCAAAAUAUCUCGGAACGUGCUAUGACAGUAUCGAUAUAUAAGGUAGCAUCUCGCUGACUACUACUGUCGUCGGCUAAAGAGCCUGACUUGUCGACAUCCACAUUAUGAG